AUGGAGGUUAAAAGAAGUAAAGCUGGUCUGUUCUUACAUCAAACUAAAUAUAGUUUGGACUUACUUCAAAAAUGUAAUAUGGUUGGUUCCAAACCAUGCAGUUCUCCAUGUACUCCUGGUGCUAAACUCAGUAUUACAGAUGGUGAACCUGUUUCUAAUCCAACUGAGUAUAGGUCACUUGUUGGAGCUCUUCAAUAUCUCACAUGGUCAAGACCUGAAAUCGCUUAUGCUGUAAAUCGGGUUUGCCAAUUCAUGCACUCUCCAACAACAGUACACCUAUCUUCAGCUAAGAGAAUUUUAAGAUACAUAAAAGGUACUCUUGGACAUGGUAUUUUAUUCACAAAGGGUCUCUCUGCUAUAUCUGGUUAUUGUGAUGCUGAUUGGGCUGGAGAUCCAGACACCAGAAGAUCAACAAGUGGUUUCUGUUUAUUUUUUAGUAAUAAUCCAAUUUCAUGGUCUGCUAAAAAGCAGCCAACUGUGUCUAGAAGCUCCACUGAAGAUGAAUACAAAUGCUUAGUCUCCACAGCUGUUGAAGUUCUUUGGGCUGUCUUUACUUUGAUGUAUACUGAUUCUAGUGGUCAACUGACUUGUGAGGUGUCAUGUUUUGAUUGGUUUUGUCUGCUAAUACAGGCUGUCUUGUCUGUAUCAGACACAGCCUUGCCUAUGUGUUUUAUAAGCUUUCUGUUUAAUAAAGAAUUUCACUUCUUGAUUUCUAGUAAAUAG